AUGGGUUCAAGCCUUUCAAGACAAGAACGCGCACUUUCACGAAAAAAAUCAUUUCAAUCUAAUCGUUCAUCACACAAAUCAUACGACUCUUCUCGUAGAAAAUCUUGCGAAGAAAAAGUAAACGGAUGCGAUCACGCAUACAGAAAAGAUAAUCCGAAAUUCGCAAUUCCUGAAAACACACGCGGAAUCUCGCGUUUAGAAGUUCAACAUUACUUGAUGCGAUACCUAUACCAAAACAACUUUUCAUCGCCGCAAGACCCAUUGCUUAAACCUAGCGACAACAACACGGUUAGUCAAGUUCUCGAUUUAGGAUGUGGAGCAGGAACAUGGGCAAUAGACGUCGCAAAAGAAUUCCCGUCGUGCCAGGUCACUGGUGUUGAUAUAUCAUCGUUUUUCCCCAUUGAGUUUGACAAAGAAAAUGUGCCGAAUGUCCGAUUUAUUGAACAUAAUUUCCAAGAGAAUAAACGGUUGCCGUUUGAUGACGAUACUUUUGAUUUGGUGCAUAUGAGAUUUUUAUUGGCGGAUAUAAAGGAACAAGAUUUUGAAAAUUUUCUGAUACCUGAACUCGUACGAGUUACUAAGCUUAACGGAUGGAUAGAGUUGUUGGAAUUUGAUGUGCAACAAUUUAGCGAAGGACCUAUCACACGCCAAUUGACUAGUUCAUUAAUGAAGUAUCUCAAAUCAAAUGGUUAUAACGGUCGCAUAAGCGACAAUCUCCCACAAUACCUAAGAAACACACACAAAGUCGGCACAAUCAACCAACACGACAAAGCAAUAGCACUCGGACGAUGGGCCGGCCGAGUAGGUGAACUAGCAAUCGAUGACAUCUCACGCAUGUUUCGCGACAUAAAAGAACUCCCACAAUCGAUGGGCAUCACUGAACAAGAAUACCGCGAGUUUCUCGAGGUCUACAAAAAAGAAGUGGAACUCAAAAAAACAUUCUUCAAAACACAUCGAUUCUAUACACAGAAAAUUGAUGGUGAUGAGCCGCAGCCAACGCCGAAAAUUUCUGCAGAGUCACAAGGAACAGCCCCCACGCUUGGAAUGGCAUCUUCAUUACCGUAA